ACGAAAAUGGCGUAGAAUUAUUCACCGUGCGGUGGCAGUCUCCCUGCCGUCGUCCAAGUUGACUGCGCUGGAGCUUGUUUUUUUUGUUGUGGCUCUGCUGCGGCUUCGACUUGCUUAGUUGUUGUUGGUGGUGUGCACACCUCGGUUUCUCCCGACGAGGACGAAGAAGACACCGACAGUGAGCGAGAAAGCCACGAGGAAGAGGAAAUUGGAAGAGGAGGGACUGCGGGAAAGGGAAAGUGAUCGCCGAAUCUCCUCUUCCCAGCCAUCGAUCGCGAGGGAUCUCACAGAUCGUCUCCUCAACGACGAGGAGGAAGAGGAGGAGGAGGAGAUUCCGAUCUGAAUCGCCGGAUCCCUGGCGGAUGAUCCAUGGCAAGUCUAGAUAACAUUAUUGUGGGCUCUCAUGUCUGGGUUGAAGAUGCUGUUCUUGCUUGGAUUGAUGGGGAGGUUUUUAAGGUUGAUGGCAAUGAGAUCCAUGUGCAUACAACCAAUGGGAAAACAGUUGUGGCAAACAUAUCAAAAGUGUUUCCCAAGGAUACAGAAGCGCUACCUGGUGGUGUGGAUGAUAUGACAAAAUUGUCAUACUUGCAUGAGCCUGGAGUGUUGCAAAACCUUGCUGCACGUUAUGAACUUAAUGAAAUAUAUACAUACACUGGUAAUAUUCUGAUCGCUGUCAACCCAUUUCAAAGGUUACCUCAUCUUUAUGAUACCCACAUGAUGGAGCAAUACAAAGGGGCUGCAUUUGGGGAACUAAGCCCUCAUGUCUUUGCCGUUGCUGAUGUUGCCUACAGGGCCAUGGUUAAUGAAGGGAAAAACAACUCUAUCUUGGUCAGUGGAGAAAGUGGUGCUGGUAAAACUGAAACAACCAAGAUGCUUAUGAGAUAUCUUGCAUACUUAGGCGGACGAUCUGGUAUAGAAGGACGAACUGUUGAGCAGCAAGUUUUAGAGUCCAAUCCAGUUCUUGAAGCUUUUGGAAAUGCUAAAACUGUUCGAAACAAUAACUCAAGUCGAUUUGGCAAGUUUGUUGAGAUUCAAUUUGACAAAAGUGGAAGGAUAUCUGGUGCUGCUGUUAGAACAUACUUGCUUGAAAGAUCACGUGUUUGUCAAAUUAAUGAUCCUGAGAGAAAUUACCAUUGCUUUUACCUUCUCUGUGCUGCGCCACAAGAAGAUGUUGCAAAAUAUAAGCUUGGGAAUCCACAAUCAUUUCAUUACUUGAACCAAUCCAAAUGCUUUAAGUUAGAUGGGGUUGAUGAAGCUCAAGAAUAUCUAGCUACUAGAAGGGCCAUGGAUAUAGUUGGAAUGAAUGAGCAAGAACAGGAGUCAAUAUUCAGGGUCGUAGCUGCUAUACUUCAUAUUGGUAACAUUGAUUUUGCUAAAGGGCCAGAGAUAGAUUCAUCUGUUAUCAAGGAUGAGAAGUCAAGAUUCCAUCUUAACACAGCAGCUGAGCUUCUGAUGUGUGAUGCCAAGGGUUUGGAAGAUGCAUUUAUAAAACGUGUCAUGGUAACCCCUGAAGAGGUUAUCACAAGAACACUUGAUCCUGCUUCUGCAAUUGUCAGCAGGGAUGGUUUUGCAAAGACUGUGUAUUCCCGUCUGUUUGAUUGGCUUGUGGACAAAAUUAAUGUGUCAAUUGGUCAGGACCCAAAUUCAAAAUCCCUAAUUGGAGUUCUUGAUAUAUAUGGUUUUGAAAGUUUCAAAUCAAAUAGUUUUGAGCAGCUUUGUAUCAAUUAUACAAAUGAAAAGCUCCAACAGCAUUUUAACCAGCAUGUCUUCAAGAUGGAGCAAGAGGAGUACACCAAGGAGGAGAUUAACUGGAGCUACAUAGAAUUCGUCGAUAAUCAGGAUGUUCUGGAUUUGAUUGAGAAGAAACCUGGAGGAAUUAUUGCACUCCUUGAUGAAGCUUGUAUGUUUCCCAGGUCAACUCAUGAGACAUUUGCCCAAAAGCUGUAUCAGACAUUCAAAAACAAUAAGCGGUUUAUAAAACCUAAACUUUCCCGCACAAACUUUACCAUUUCCCACUAUGCUGGAGAAGUAACGUAUCAAGCUGACUACUUCUUGGACAAAAACAAAGAUUAUGUAGUAGCAGAGCACCAGGAUUUACUGAAUGCUUCUAAGUGCCCAUUUGUUUCUGGUUUAUUCCCGCCACUUCCCGAAGAGUCAUCUAAAUCUUCAAAGUUUUCUUCCAUCGGAUCUCGCUUUAAACUACAACUUCAAUCGCUGAUGGAAACCUUGAGCUCAACUGAACCAUUCUACAUCAGAUGUGUGAAGCCAAAUAAUGUUCUCAAACCUGCUAUUUUUGAAAAUUCCAAUGUCAUCCAACAGUUGCGCUGUGGGGGUGUUCUUGAAGCAAUUAGGAUCAGCUGUGCUGGAUAUCCAACUCGAAGAACAUUUUACGAAUUUCUCCUUCGGUUUGGUCUUCUUGCCCCAGAAGUUCUGGAAGGAAAUUCUGAUGACAAGAUUGCAUGCCAAAAAAUUUUAGACAAAAUGGGAUUGAAGGGUUAUCAGCUAGGCAAGAGCAAAGUGUUUCUGAGAGCUGGCCAGAUGGCUGAAUUGGACGCUAGAAGAGCAGAAGUACUUGGAAGAGCAGCCAGGACAAUCCAAAGACAAAUCCGCACAUAUAUUGCUCGUAAAGAAUUUCUUAUGCUGCGGAAAACGACCAUUCAUCUUCAGUCUCGAUGGAGAGGAAGAUUGGCUUGUAAGCUUUAUGAGCACAUGAGACGUGAAGCGGCGGCAGUGAAAAUCCAGAAGAAUCUCCGUCGCUACUUUGCAAGAAAAUCAUUUUUGUUACUUCGGUCAUCAGCAAUUGCUUUGCAGAUAGGAUUAAGGGCAAUGACUGCUCGCAAUGACUUUAGAUUCAAGAAGCAAACUAAAGCCUCGAUUCACAUUCAGGCUCAGUGGCGAUGUCACAGAGAUUAUUCUCAUUACAUGAGAUUGCAGAAGGCAACACUUUCUUAUCAAUGUGCUUGGAGACAAAGACUUGCAAGGAAAGAGCUGAGGAAGCUAAGAAUGGCUGCCAGGGAAACAGGAGCCCUGAAGGAAGCUAAAGACAAAUUGGAAAAGCGUGUGGAAGAACUGACAUGGCGUUUGCAGCUUGAAAGACGACUAAGAACUGAUCUAGAAGAAGCGAAAGCACAUGAAAUUGCUAAAUUACAAGACUCGUUGCAUGAGGCACAUCUUCAGGUUGAUGAAGCUAAGGCCAUGGUUAUCAAGGAACGUGAGGCUGCACGCAAGGCAAUUGAAGAAGCUCCUCCAGUAAUAAAGGAAACUCCGAUCAUAGUUCAAGAUACAGAAAAGAUUAAUUCACUCACUGCUGAAAUUGAAAAUCUGAAGGUGUCACUGUUGACAGCAAAUCAGGCGACAGAAACAGCUAAUAUAGCCUUGGCUGAGGCUCAGGAACAAAAUAAUGGAUUAGCCAAGAGAGUGGAAGAUGCCGAGAUGCGAGCCGAUCAGCUUCAGGAUAAUGUUCAAAGGCUUGAAGAAAAACUAACAAACCUGGAGUCAGAGACCCAUGUACUUCGUCAACAGGCUGUUGCCAUUUCGCCAACUUCCAGAGCAUUAACUACACGCCCAAGAACAACCAUCAUUCAGAGGAAUACCGAAAAUGGAAAUGUUAUGAAUGGUGAAUCAAAAACAUCUGUGGAAUCAAACCCUGCUACGCCUAACUCUAGGGAACUUCCAAAUGACGAUACACCACAAAAGUCACUUAAUGAGAAGCAGCAGGAAAAUCAGGACUUGCUCGUCGAAUGCAUCUCUAAAGACUUGGGCUUCUCAGGUGGCAGGCCGAUUGCUGCUUGUCUCAUAUACAGAUGUCUGCUCCACUGGAGAUCGUUUGAAGUUGAAAGAACCAGCAUCUUUGACCGCAUAAUUCAAUCAAUAGGCUCAGCUAUUGAGGCCCAAGACAAUACUGACGUAUUAUCAUAUUGGUUGUCCAAUUCCUCUACUUUGUUGUUGCUCCUUCAACGAACAUUAAAGGCCACUGGAGCAUCUAGUUUGACUCCACAGAGGCGUAGAACAUCAGCUUUGUUCGGGAGAAUGUCUCAAGGUAUUAGAGCUUCUCCUCAAAGUGCGGGUCUCUUUUCUUUCAAUAGUCGCAUCAUGGGUGGAUUGAAUGAUUUGCGACAAGUUGAAGCAAAAUAUCCUGCUUUGCUUUUCAAGCAGCAGCUUACUGCUUUCCUCGAAAAGAUUUAUGGAAUGAUAAGAGACAAUCUAAAGAAAGAAAUAUCUCCAUUGCUUGCUUUGUGUAUCCAGGCACCAAGAACUUCCCGUGCAAGCUUAUUGAAAGGCUCGCGAUCCCAAGCAAAUGCGAUGGCCCAGCAGGCAUUGAUUGCUCAUUGGCGCAGCAUUGUGAAAAGUUUGACUAACUACUUGAAAAUAAUGAAAGCCAACUUUGUUCCUCCUUUCCUAGUUCGCAAGGUGUUCACACAAAUUUUUUCAUUUGUAAAUGUUCAACUUUUUAAUAGUCUUCUACUGAGGCGAGAAUGCUGUUCGUUUAGCAAUGGGGAAUAUCUCAAAGCAGGUUUGACGGAGUUGGAGCACUGGUGCUAUGAUGCGACUGAAGAGUAUGCUGGUUCUGCAUGGGAUGAGUUGAAGCACAUUAGACAGGCAGUUGGUUUCUUGGUUAUACAUCAAAAGCCAAAGAAGACCUUGGCGGAGAUAACCAAUGAUCUAUGCCCAGUUCUCAGCAUACAACAGUUGUAUAGAAUAAGUACAAUGUACUGGGAUGACAAAUAUGGAACGCACAGCGUAUCAUCAGAUGUCAUUUCAAGUAUGCGAAUCAUGAUGACAGAGGAUUCAAAUACUGCUGCUAGCAGUUCAUUCUUGUUGGACGAUGAUUCCAGUAUACCUUUCUCGGUCGAUGAUAUUUCAAAGUCGAUGUCUGAGAUAGAGAUUGCAGAUGUUGAUCCGCCACCUCUGGUUCGCCAGAACUCGGGCUUUGCGUUUCUGCUACAAAGAAAGGAGUAGUUCAUUUUGUCAACUAUUCCUUGUAAAUAUGGCGUCAUUCUAUUUCUGUCAAAUUGGCCACGAAAGAACCAAAAGGCAGUUGGUAGUCCAUAAUUUUAGUAUUUGGGUUUGAUUUAUUGAUUUGUUUUAAUUGCAUUUUUUUGUCUAUGGUUUGUUUGAUUUAUUGGGAAUACAUCACGGGUUUGUUACUUUGUUUUCUAUUUAGAUAAGUUGUAAAAUAUAGAUCAUUAUUGAAUCAACUUUGUAAAAUAUUUAAA